GUUAACGUCAUACUCUCUUAUACUCUGAUGAGGUCUUUUAAAGAGAUGAUAGCCCCCCUUCGUUUCCUAUAAAAUCAUUAAGCCAGGGAUUGUUUUACAUUGAUGCAUUUAUUACAUUAAUCGUUUGUUGUGCUAAUAUAUUUUGGAUAUUAUAUUAAUACUUCUUCUAUAUAGUAUUAGUAGUAUAAAUUAUUUGACGAACCCGUGCCUACAUAUACGUGUGGUUUAUUCUCUAAUUAAUAACACCACAAACUAAUUAGUUUCUAUUUUUGCAUCUGCUCCCGCUGCCGCCAUCGAGAUCUAAACCACCUCUUGUCUUCUUCUUUGGGAUUUGCAGACAUACAUAAAUGGCGGCUCUAAACUCUAACAGUUUCUAUCAUCGUCCUGAGACAAAUUUCUCCCCCAGCUUGUGGGGUGAUCACUUCAUUAAUCACAUUUCCGACUCCGAGGUGAAGGAAAAGUAUUCCAAACAAGUUGAAAUAUUAAAAAAUGUUGCUAGAAGUCUGCUAACAGCUCCAGAAGCCAAAAUGAUAGACAGCAUGAAUCUGAUCGACACACUUGAGCGCCUAGGCGUCUCCUAUCACUUUGAAAACGAGAUUGAACAAAAAUUGCAACAAUUUUUCCAUCUCAAUAUGAAUUAUAAGGAUGAUGAAGCCUAUGAUUUGUACACUGUUGCUCUCCAUUUUCGAUUAUUCAGGCAGCACGGCCACCCUAUAUCUACUGAAAUAUUUAGUAAAUGGAUGGACGUGAAAGGGAAAUUCCAAGAGGGCAUUAAGAGCGACCCAAAGGGCAUGCUGAGUUUGUAUGAAGCUUCAUAUCUGAGAACAAGCGGAGAAACCAUAUUAGACGACGCGCUUGCUUUUACUACAGCCACUCUCAAAUCCAUGACGCCAAGCCUCGGAUCACCCCUCAAGCAACAAGUUGUCCAUGCCCUCGUGCAGCCCUUGCAUUUGGGAUUUCCUCGAGUUGAAGCGCACAGUUUCAUCUCCAUCUAUGAAGAGGAAGAGCACAAAAACGAAACCCUAAUCGAGUUCGCCAAAUUAGACUAUAACAUAUUGCAAAUGCUACACAAAGAGGAGCUCCGGCAAGUCUCAAGGUGGUGGAAAGAAUUAGGUCUUAUCUCGAAAUAUCCUUAUGCAAGAGAUAGAGUGGUGGAAUGCUUCUUUUGGGCUGUGGGAAUGUAUCAUGAACCACAAUAUUGUCGUGCUCGUAUCAUGCUCACCCAGACCAUUGCUAUGAACUCUGUAAUAGACGACACAUAUGAUGCUUAUGCCACAAUCGAGGAACUCGAUGUUUUCACAGAGGCGAUAGAGAGGUGGGAUGGUGGAGAAAUUGGUCGACUCCCUGAGUACAUGAGACCUCUCUACAAAGCUAUUUUGCAAAUUUACGAGCAAUUCGAGGAAGAAUUAGCAAAGGAAGGACGAUCCUACGCAGCAUACUAUUCCAUAGAAGCACUAAAGGAAUUGGUGAGGUGCUACCAUGUGGAGGCGAAGUGGUUCAUAGAGGGAUACAUUCCAGAUUUUAAGGAAUACCUAAAGAAUGGUCUCAUUACCAGCACCUGCUGUUAUCUUCCCACCUCUUCUCUUCUGGGAAUAGAAUCUGCUCGACACGAAGACUUCGAGUGGAUAAGUAAGAAACCUAAAAUAAUUGUUGCCCAACUCGAAAUAGGCCGACUCGUUGAUGACGCAGCUAGUUAUAAGAUUGAGAAGGAGAGAGGUCAAGUUGCUACAGGCAUUGACUGCUACAUGAGGGAAAAUGGUGUGACAAAAGAAGAGGCUAUUGCAAAAUUUUGGGAAAUGUCUAGGAAUGCGUGGAAGGAAUGCAACGAGGAGUGUCUAAGGCCGUCUUGUUAUAAAUCUAGGGAUAUUCUUACACGCAUCCUCAACUGUGGACGCUUAGUCGAUGUUACUUACAAGAACAAUGAAGAUGGAUAUACUAAUCCCGAAAAGGUUUUGAAACCCCAUAUUGUUGGGUUGCUAGUCGACCCAUUUGAGGUUUAGUCAUUUUCGAGAUCAAAAUAAUUUAACACUAUGCUUUCUACUUGUUCUAAUGUAUUUGUUCCCCUGGUGCGCUGGGGUUUGGGUUCUGGCAAGUCCCGGUCCGUUGGGUUUGGUGAGCAUGUUUCGUUUUGGGUUUUCUGCGCUUUUCUUUUUUGCUGGGCUUUGUGGGGAGGUAGCUUUUCCAGGUUUUUCGGGCUUAUGAUGUUUGUCUGUUUUGUUAUGGUUGUUUCUUAUCAUUUUCGUUGUAAUAAAUGAGUAUUUUUUUUUCUUUCUAAA